AUGUCUGUACGGAUUGGCGUAUUGAUGGAGAACAGCGACCUGUCUGAAGGUCUAGAGAAUGCAUUCACAUCGUGGGCAUCUGAAUCGUCGCCACCCACUACGUGUGACGACGCUAUCGCAAAACUCAAGAAGACAAAAUUUACCGCACAGUUCACAGACGCUGAAGACCUGAACUAUCGCCAAGCGGUGCAGAGAGCUCUUGACGCUGGACUUAAAAAGCUGACGUCAUACCCUGAAACUGAUACUCAGCAGAAGUGGACGGACUUCUGGGCGGAACCAGACGGCGCCAACCUCGCACACCUUCUUUCGUCUAAGAGCACCAGAGUUGGCUGCGCCAUUGGAACAUGCGUUCCACAAACACAAGAGUAUCGAACUUCACAAACAAGUGCCAAAUUUCUUUUUUGUGAGAUGAAGCCUGCAGCGGAGGAGAACAAGGCUCCCUUCGACAAGGAGUAUUACGAAGCGCUCACUGAACGAAAAACACCAUUAACAGCAAUGACUGAGGAAGACCUCAAAGCUCCUGUCCAGGGCGCUGCAGCUGCUGCCGUACCCUCCCUUGGAAGCUAG